CGCGCGCGCUUGCGCUUCCUUUUCAGCGCCUGCUCUGCCAGGAGGAAACUUUGCACUCCGCUCGCGGCGAGCCCGCAGGAGACGGCUUGGAGAAGGCAGAGGGCGGGCGAAGGAAGGAAGGAAGAAGGAGCAGGCGAGCAGCAGCGCCUGGGCUGGAGCAGGCUGCGGAGCCGUGCAGCCCCCGACUGCUAAGCGCCGCCCUCUGCGUCCCUCCCUUCCCUCCGUCUGGUUCCUCCGCCUCUCUCCUGCCUGCCCCCUUCCCCGCCGUCUGUGGCUGCCUGCUUCCCUGGCAGCGCGGCGGAAGUCUUGCAAGAGGAGCUGCUGUUGCUGCUGCCGCCGCCGUUGCUCGUCUCCUGACGACAAAGCCCUCAAGGCGGCCCAGAGGGAAGGCAGACACACGCCCGCCCGUCUCCCCGCGAGCAGAGCCGAGCCGGACCCGCCGAGGCGGAAAAGCGGCGCUUCUUGAGUCCGAGUGACGCCGGCAGCGGCAUGGCAGACGGAGCCCGUUCCUUGCUUGUCGGCAGCCGCGGCUCCAGCCCGGCUUCCAGUCCCCUCUUGGGGAGAGGAGGCAAGAGCCGCUCGCUGCCCUCUCAGACGACGUCCUCCUCCUCCUCCUCCUCCUCGCAGCAGCGGCAACAACAAACGCCGCCCGCGUCGCCCAAACUGCAGCUGCCGCAGCUGCAGACCGCUCGUGGGAGCGCGCCCGGGCACGGCUUCAAGAGGGUGACCCUCACCAAGCCCACCUUCUGCCACUACUGCACCGACUUCAUCUGGGGGCUAGCGGGAUACCUGUGCGAAAUUUGCAAUUUUAUGUCUCAUGAGAAGUGCCUGAAACAUGUGAAGAUGCCAUGCUCGUGUGUCGCUCCAAGUCUUGUAAGGGCUCCAGUUGCACAUUGUUUAGGAUCUUCAGGACAUUACAAGAGAAAGUUCUGUGCUGUGUGCAGAAAGCAAUUAGAAUCUCUAUCAUUUCGCUGUGAAGUGUGUGAGCUUCACGUGCAUACAGAUUGUGCCCCUUUUGCUUGCAGUGACUGCCGGCAGUGCCAUCAGGAUAGUCAUCAGGAUCAUGAUACAUACCAUCAUCACUGGAGGGAGGGAAAUCUUCCUUCAGGUGCCCGGUGUAAGAUCUGCAAGAAAACUUGUGGUUCUUCAGAGGUGCUCUCGGGUAUGCGAUGUGAAUGGUGUGGCAUCCUGGCUCAUGCUGCUUGCUGUGUGAUUGUACCUCCAGAAUGUACAUUUGGAAGACUAAGAAACAUGAUUCUUCCUCCAAACUGUGUGCGCUUAUUUUCCCGUAACUUCAGUAAAAUGCACUGUUUUCGGAUAUCGGAAAGCUUACAAACAGAAACAGAUGACGAUGACGAUGUUGAUAGUUCAACACAAGUAUCUUUGAAAGAAACCCAAGUUUCAACAGACUCAAGCAAACAAAUAUUAAAAAUAUACGAUGGGAAUGAUGCAGUAAAACGCAAUCAGUAUCGGCUUAUAACAGUUCCAAGGAUUGCAAAACACGAAGAAGUUGUGGAGGCUGCACUGAGGGCAUAUUACAUCAAUGAUGAUCAUCAAGACUAUGAACUUCAGACAUUCACUCAGCAGGCCUUGUUUUGUGAUGACAUAAUUAACAGGAAUGAUGCCUCGGAAGAAACCCCUUCUGGUUCAGUUUUUCGAGAAGCUGUUCCUGAAGCUUGGAUCAUCAGAGCCAAAUCUAAGGACAAUGAAGUUAUAAAAAUUUAUCCUGGCUGGCUGAAGGUUGGAAUGGCCUGUGUCUCAAUACGGAUAAAUAAAGAGAGCACUACUCAGAUGGUAAUAAAAGAAGUCCUUCCAUUACUUGGAUACCAGUCUGAAAGCCUCCAAAACUUUGGACUGGUAGAAGUACUGAUGGGCUCCAAGCAAGUUCAACGAAUGGUCCUGGAUGAUCAUGAAUUGAUUCUCGGCAGAUUUCAAGACAUAAGGAAGACUUCGAUUCGUCAGAUGAAUCAAACAAGGUUUUACAUUGUAGAAAACAACAGCUCAGUUGUGCGGGUACAUUUGAUUGUUGGUGGUUUGCCACCUCAUCUCUCUACUGAAGAAUACACAAGCAUCCUCAAAGAUGAAUUAACCAUCAAGACAAAUCUAGUUUCUGUGAGCCACAUAUAUUCAUCUCAAGGGGUUGUUGUACUAGAAAUUUCAUCUUUUUCUGAAGCGGAAAGACUGUACAUGCUAGCUAAAGAUACCGUGGUUAAUGACAAGCCACUCACUGCUGUUGUCAUCCCUGAAGUCCUGCCAACCAAGCUUCCACAGAACUGCUGCCCGCUGCUUGUAUUUGUGAAUCCAAAAAGUGGAGGCCUUAAAGGUCGGGAUUUGCUGUACAGUUUUCGAAAACUCUUGAAUCCUCAUCAAAUCUUCGAACUGACGAAUGGAGGCCCACUGCCUGGAUUUCAUACAUUCUCUCAAAUUCCCUAUUUCCGAAUAUUGGUGUGUGGCGGUGAUGGCACAGUUGGUUGGGUUCUCGGUGCACUGGAAGAGAUCAGGCACAAGCUCGUCUGUUCAGAGCCAUCUGUGGCUAUUUUACCUUUAGGAACAGGUAAUGACUUGGGGAGGGUGCUGCGCUGGGGUGCAGGAUAUAGUGGCGAAGAUCCGUACUCCAUUCUGAUAUCUGUAGAUGAAGCAGACAAUGUACUCAUGGAUCGCUGGAACAUCCUUCUAGAUGCUCAAGAAGCGAUUGAAAGCUCAGAAAAUGGUGUGUUAGAGCUUGAGCCUCCUAAGAUUGUACAAAUGAACAAUUACUGUGGUAUUGGAAUUGAUGCAGAACUGAGUCUAGGUUUUCAUCAUGCCCGGGAAGAAGAGCCAGACAAAUUCAACAGCAGGUUUCACAACAAAGGUGUCUAUGUAAAAGUUGGACUGCAGAAAAUGAGUCAUACCAGAAAUCUUCAUAAAGAAAUAAAACUCCAGGUGGACCAGCAUGAAGUUGAACUUCCAAAUAUUGAGGGCCUUAUUUUCAUUAAUAUUCCCAGUUGGGGAUCUGGUGCUGAUCUUUGGGGCUCUGAUAAUGAUAACCGGUUUGAGAAACCAAGAAUUGACGAUGGCUUACUAGAAGUUGUUGGUGUGACUGGAGUUGUUCACAUGGGCCAAGUACAGGGUGGCCUACGUUCAGGUAUCCGCAUAGCCCAAGGUUCCUACUUCCGUCUGAUGCUUCUGAAGCCAAUUCCAGUACAAGUCGACGGAGAGCCCUGGAUCCAGCCUCCAGGCCAGAUCAUUAUUUCUGUAGCAGGACCAAAGGUUCAUAUGUUAAAAAAAUCAAAACAGAAACAGAAAAAAACUGGAAAUCUAAAAGACUCAAGAACGGAGAGCAUGUCCCUUAGUGAAGUGGGACGCUGAUGGAAGAAGAUAUUCACACAACAAACAUAGCACACCUACUGUAGAUGGAGUGGACCUGCCUGAUGAAACUGUGUUGCACAGUUCAGGUUAAGAAGGGUUGCUUUUGAGCCUGCUGUUCUAUUCCAUAUUUGUUGUACAGUGCCUAUCCUGUGGUUGACAUGAGAUAUGUGUGUUUGCAUCACUGGUUGACCAGGGGUAUUUGUAUUAGGUAGCUUUUUCAUAAACCAUUCAUAAAUUUUUGCUUUACACAAAAAAGCUAAUAAAGUAGAGAUCCCACUAUGCUGCACUUCUAAAACUACAGUGGUUUUCCCCCUCCCCACCUUUUAACCACUUUAGAGCCACUUGCUUUAUUUUUUUUUUAAGGGGGGGGUUUAGGAUUCCUUUAACUAACAUUCCCUACGCAGUGUUUAAGCUACCCCAGCAUUCUCAAAGGGGAAAUGAAGAGAUGUUGUUGAUUCUUCUGUGCAAUAAUACUUUAGCUAUGACAAGGACAAAGUGACUUAAUCCAGUGGCAUGACCCAUCUCUGCUGGGUGCACUGCCAUUGGGUACGCAUUCACUACAAUGUUCCUGGCUGCUGUCAAUCAAGGGAGGUUGUGCAUGUAAAGGGUUCUAGUGACUCGGUCACAGGCCUUCGUUGUGCAGGUUGCACUUCCUCGAGUGAUCAUUGCUGGGUACGUUGCAAAGUAGUCAUUGGGGCUGGGGAUGUGCUCCAGUAUUCCCUGUAAGAGGGAAUCCCAGAUGCUGUUGACUACAGCUCCCAGAAUCCCUAGCUGCAGUGGGCUUUGACUGAGGAUGCUGGGAGUUGUAGUCAAGAACAUCUGGGAUUUUCUGUUAGAGGGAACACUGGUGUGCUCCAUAAAAUGGUGUGCUGGAUCAUCUCCCACACAGAGAUGUAUGGUAGUUACGUCCCCAGUGUUUAAUUAGUUGUACUGACGAGCAUUAAUAGGGGAAGAAAUAAUGUGUAGAACACUUUCUUUUUCCACACUACUCAAACCCUUUGAGGGGGGUAAACAUCCAUCUUAUCAUGUUUUCUGUUUUUGUAAAGCACACACUUUUUACAUACACUACAAGCUUCUGGUUUUCUGCUGUAUUGCACUUGCAUUCCUUUUGCAUAAUUUUGACCUCUAGUAUGAUAUUCAUAAUUUCAUUCCCUGAACCUUUUUUUCUUUCAACUUACUAUGAACCUGAUGCUGGCAAACAGAAUGCCAAAUCUAGGAUUUGUUGUUAUGACACAAUAUAGUAAACUAAUGUAUUUCAGUAUCCAUUAGAUAUAUUAAGUACAGAUAGAUUAAACGGAAUUAUGCAUUAGUUUAUUCUCUGUUGAAGAACUGAUACAGCCCCCCGCCCCCAAUCACAUCCUCUGAUCUCUGGCUGUGUUUUAUAUUAGGUAUUGGAUGAGAAAUGGGUAUCAUUAAUGUUGGUGUGCAAAAAAAAAAAAAAAGUCCAGAGAGGUCCUUGCUGCUAACUAUUCUUUUAUCAGUCUUUAAGGCCAGUGAUGUGGGAUACUCUCUGCUCACAUCUUUUCAUUUUAGUUUCACUUACUGGCAUUUGCUAGUGUUGGAAAGGACUCUCUAGAACUCCUAACUCUUUUCAUUGAUUAACCUGACUGUAUGUUCACAGUAUCUUUCUGGGACUAGAAACAACAGAAGGAAAUGGAAGCAAGUUAGCUGGUGAGUUUAGUUGUAGCUUUGAUAAAUCUAAUGAAAAGUAUUUUUUGCAGAACCCUGUUUUUCAGGGUGGCUCACUUCCUGAAGUUCUACCAUAUUAAAGAGGAAAUAUGAUUGCCCCUGAAUAGCACAACAGGAGCAGUAGCACAAAAGCCAGUCAUCAUCGUUAGAUGUUGGGCUGCAUUUUCCAGAUGGUGAAAAGUGCACAGUCUCGGAAGAAAAGAGCAAGAAUGAAUUGCACACACUCUCUUGCACACUCACACCCCAACCAUCUCCCCAAAGUUCAUUGUAGCACAGCUAGGCAGAAAAAGGGCAUUUGUGUGUGUUUGCUGAUAUCAUAGGUACUAUCCAGAUGGUGUUUGGGCACUAGUGCCUCCCCUUUGCACUGGAUCUGCAACAGUGGCUCUGCUUUGCAGCACCUAUCACUGUUUUACCAGCAGUUCUGAUUAAUGGCAUGGAUGCUGUUUGGAACAGCCAUUCCCUUGCAGCAGGAGUGCAUGCUAGAGCAUUGUCAUGUUGGGGUUGCAGCCGCUACGGCCAGAACAGGAUCUGGAAGGUAGAUUAAAUGGGCUGAGCCAGUGAGCCCACACAUACCAGCACUUAAGUCUCACACUGCUUCCAGUGCCAGCUGUGGAUUUGUUUUUCUGCAUGCACUAGGUUUUCACAAAGGCUCUCUUUACCCACUUUAUGCCACACAGCUGUGAACAAAAAUGCUGUGACCUGCCUGCAAGGAGGAGUACUCUCUUGAAUGGGAAAAGGCUGGAUGCUGCUCCUUUGCCAUGAUGCUUUAUGCCAUCUGUCUUCCAUGUUUUUAGAGCAGAUUGUUGUCUAUGUAUACUUCCACACCACCCAGAGCAAGACUUGGGGAAUGGUGCAUAUUUUGUAAAAAGCGAUUCUUACAAAACUUGCAGUUGCUUAAUUUUCUUGAAAAAUCCUCUGCUUCCCCCAAGCAAACCACAACUGAUACACUUAAAGCAACUUUUGUGCAUCUCUCUUUGUACUGGGAAAUGCAAUGUUUGUUGGCAUGAUGGCAUGUGUGUACACAUGCAUGUUCUGGGCAAGGAGAGUGGUUGUGUGAGAGAGCGUCAAGGAACAGGGAGCAUGGUCUGAUCCUUCAGAUUUUAUGUUAUCCCCUGCAUUGAUAGUGUAUUCUUAUAAAUUUAAUUUCUAUCCAAGUGAUGUGUCAGCCUAAUAAUAAUAUAGCAAAGAGCUUUCAUUUUAAAGCCCUAAAUUUUAGUCUUUUGGACUAUUUCAGCGGAAGAUAGUCUUAAUGUAAGCGUGUGUCUCUCUUGCAGAUUGUUUCAGUUUUAAGACAGACUGGAAUCCAAAGAAUUAUUAUGAAACUAGAUCUGGAUAACUAAGGUGGCUUUAGACUUGUGUUUCUCUAACUGAGGCCACCUCUGCUCCCUAAGUGACAAGCAGACAACUUUAAAAAUGGAGGAGACUUUCAGUCGCUGUUGUGAUCCACAGGAGUGGCUCGUCCAUGAGGUGAGGAGAGGAGACGGCCUCCAGCGGUGCCUGUGCCAUGAGGUGGUGAGUGUGGGCAUCCUGUGUGCCUCCCACCACCCUCAGGCGGCACCUUACCUGCCUGGUUGUCCCCCUCCUCCUCCCACUCCUACUGGCCAGAGUGCGGUGCCAGAUUGGCAUCUUCCAGCUAGCAAGUCAGCUUGAAUGGCUUCCCUUCUCUCUUUCUCCCUCCAAGCAAGAGAGAGAGGAAACCAUCCAGGCAGCUAGUGAGUCACCUGCAAACUGGGAGAUGCUGAUGGGCAACACAUACCUUGGUGCCACCCUCCUCAUGCCACUGUUUUGGUGCCAAGGGGCAUGGCCAGCAUCCAUGGACUUGGUGUUGUACUGGGAAAUGGAAUGUUUGUUGGCAUGAUGGCAUGUGUGCGCACAUGCAUGUUCUGGGCGGGGAGAGUGCGUUGCCCCAAGCGGCACCAUUGCUUGAGCACUAGUGAUCCAGCACAACGGCCUACUGUUUAGAGUGGGGGAAAGUGAAAAAUCCCACUGGGGACAUGCAAGCCCUCAAGCAUGCCUGAAGUACCUUUUUGGGUCCUGGUUUUUCAUGCCAGUCUUCAAUAACAGCUGACAUGGAACCCCACCUCCCUCUCCACUGGGCAUGAUUCAGCCAAACGUGUGCAUUUCUAGAUCUUGUUAGUUUCAGUGAGAGAGAUGUACGCUUCCCCCCCACAAGUCUUUCAUUGAAAUUGAGUAGGACUCCGAAUGGUUAGUUUUGCUGAUCAUGUGUUUUGGAUGAACAUGCAUCACCUCCUUCUGACUUCCCUGGCUAGAGGUUGAAAAGGCCACCACUGAAUAAUAUGCAGAGCACACUUCUUUUACUCCUUCAGGUUCCUGCUGCAAAGCUUAUACCUUCUAAGGAAUCUGCGAUCUUCAGUAAAUCUUGAUUGCUGAAGCAAAAAGCCCAGCACUGGAUUUAGCAUUUAUGCUAUUUUUAGUUGCCUCUGAUUUUUACAGUACCUUGGGUAUUGACAGGCCUGAGUAUAUUUUAGUCCAUUAAAGCUCCCCCCGCCUGUGCUUUCUAAAAAAAAAAAAAAAAAAGUUUACAUAGAUCUAUAAAUGGAGUGUGCCUUUUCUGGAAAAGCUCAAGCUCAGCAGCACUUAAUAACUUUUCAGUUUUUUAGGCAUGCGAUAUACCCAGCCUUUUGGAGUAUUUUGAUGAGUCCUAGUGCAUUCAGGAUAUCUUAUCAAAUCUGUUUCUUUUCUGGAUGUUUUAAUCGAUGCAAACCAUUCCAGUAAUUUGUAUUACACCAUUGCUGAAAGUUAUUUGGAUUGAAUAGCAGGGGUUCUAAAAAUUAAACCCCAUGGCUUACACCUUGUAUCCUUAAAUGGUGUGCUUUUAUAAAGCACUGUGUUGAUGGCAUCUGGGCAUUAAAGAUAUAUUAGUUUUUCAUUACAAAAGUUCCCAUUCAGUACCGUGGGCAAUGUGCCUCAACCCUUUUCUUUAGGGUCUGUGCAGAGAUGCAGUGGAUGGCCUGCCAGUUCUUAAUGUUUCUCCUGAGACCAGUAAGGCAGUGGUUUCCAACCUGGUUUCCGCCAGAUGUUGCUGAACUACAACUCCCAGUAUCCUCAGCUAUCAUUUACUGUGACUGGGGAUGCUAGGAGUUGUGAUUCAGCAACUGCUGCAAUAAGGCUUCCAAUUGUAAUGGCUUGAUAUGUGAGGCAAGCCUAUUUUUCUAAGUAGGUAGGUUGCCACCACCAUCAUGCAGAUGGUGAUUAAGUCCCUGCAAACUAUACCGCCUGCCCCACCCCACCCCAUCUCUUCCACACAUUAAUUAUGGUUUUGCUUUAUGUGAAUACUGAUGUGAUUCAUGGUUAAUGCAAACAUAACCACACUUCAGCCUCUGCACUACAAGAGGACCUUGGUUCAUGUUGGUGCAUGUGUGUGGUGGAAGAAAGAGAACGGAUGGGGCAACUUCACUUUGGAGAGGGGUGGUGAGAGAGUGCAUGCUUGCAGUUUGCAAAACAAGAUUUGCCAGGAGUUGGCAUAUCUGCACCAGGCUGUUGUCACAUAGCCAGGAUUGGAGCCGAUUCCUGCUUGUAUGCAAGCACGGGCUCACAGUAGUGUAUGUGGGCAUGGGUAAUUUUAGAAGUGGAAAUUACCAUACCAGUGUCUGUGUUUACAGUUUAUAUACAUUAGGAUGCACAGACUGACUUUCAAGUCUGUAAAUUGUCUGUGAAAACCUCCACCACUGGUACUUUCCUUACUGUACAAAAUACUCAUAUCUUCAUGUAUGUAUGAGCCUGGACCAGCAUUGAUAAAAAUGUAACACUGAAAUCAGCCUUCAUUCAGGGAUAAUUUGGAAUCACUUCAUUUGUCUAAAUUUCAGGCCAUAAAUUGUUCAUGUAAAACUUAGAUGUUUAGGGUUUGUUUGGGGUUUUUUGUGUGUGUGGCUUGUUGUUGUUGUUGCAAGGAUCCACAUAGUUUACAUGCUUCCUUCAUUUUGCACUUGUAAAUAAGAGAAAUUGCAUUAUAUUUUGUAUAGCUUAUUGCAAAAUGUGCAUGUUGGGUUAAGAAUGUUUGUAGUAUUCAGUUGGAAAUUCUAUUUGUAGUUCUCAGUUUGUUCUAAAUUUGUUAGUACCUGUCUUAACUGAUUUUUUUCUGAUGCCCAGCUAGAGACUAGAAAGGGAAAUGCAACUACUUUUGUAGCUGAUUCCAUUGGCAGUUAAUCAGUUGAUUGAAAGUUCAUUUUAAAUUCACAGAUAGGUUGACUGCUAAGAUGUGUAAAACAGACAUGUGCAGACAUUCUAGCCAAAGCACCAUGAGAGAUGAGGAUUGUGUUGGCAUUACAUUUGCAUUGGGGCCUAUGCACGCACAACCCAGUGUGGAGGCCCACACCUCGAAGGAUGUGCACUCCAGUUUUGUGGUGUGUAGACCAUGCUGUUUGGGCUUGCGCUGUUCCCCUUCUGGAAACCACCUCUUAACUGAAACUGCCAUUUGCCAUAGUGGAGAAAAGCAGGCAGCAUGUGCACGCUCUCUCUCUUUGGUCUCCUGGCAUGCCUAAUUGCAGCUUUGGCAGGAGGAGAUUUCAAGUGGAAAAUGGCAUAGGGGAAAGGUGAUACCACCCCAGCCCAUUUGUCCAGCACCACAACCUAGAUCCAAUUUGGGGCCACUUGUGGCUACUUUAGCACCUUCCCCCCAUUUGAGAAAUCUGAUUGUGUAGUUUGGUCCUAGGUUUUAAACCACCAGUAGGUGGUUUACAUCAGUUUGAAUCCAUGUGCUUCAAACUGUCUAGGUUGUGAGUUACAUUGUAACUGUUCUGGAAUGUAUGCUGUAUUUUUUGUGAUUUGGGUUUUUUCUAGUUCUGCGUUGAAUGUAAAGCCAUUCUUUGCAUUACUUACAACAGCACAACUUAACGUUUUGUAAUGCAUUGUUUGACUAGCAGUUUUGAUGUUUACAAGAUGGCGACUGUUGAUUGUAAACUUCCAUAUCAGUGCACUGCUUUCAUUGGAAGGCUACAAUGGAACUUGCCUGCUUGCUUAUGACCAUGAAUGGAAUAAUUGCCUUUCUUGAUUCAGCCUUCUAAGUGCAACCCUUCAAAAGCUCUAAGUGUGGUGUCUGAUUCUUCUGUUAAGAUGAAAGUGAGUAGUUUUUAUUGCUUUGACAAAACAUUGAAUAGAAUAUUUCUAACAAGAAGGUUUAUAUUUUCUGAAGAUAAUUUAUAAGGAAGGUUUUAUAUGCAAUUAUAAUAAUGUUAAUAUAAAUUCUAGUCCAAAUAUUCAUUAUAAACCAAUAUAUAAUAAACCUACCUAUUUCAAGGAUUAUUUCCCAUCAGUCUUGCUAAAAGGUGCAUAUGUAGUGUCCCUUAAUGCUGCAUUUUUUAUUUCUUGCAACAUCCAUGCAAUGCAUGCCACAUUUUAUGCACAAAUAUUGCUUCCAUGCAGAAAAAUUGCAUGCAUGCAGGUGCUGAACAUACAUUUUUCUGUGUGUGCACAUAUGGUGAGAAGCCCUGAUUGGUGCUCAGAGGCACAUUUUUGGGUUGCACUGAUCAUGCACACACAAUGAAAACUGGCAUGUGUGAAGUAGCCCUUCCAGUGAGGAGGAGAUUUUUUCCAUGCAGUGUAUUGCUUUAAUUGCAUAAAUCAUGCUUGAUCUUUCACACUUUCUCAUAGCUGAGAACACAAAGAGCUGCUUAACUUUGAAAUUUCCAUAUAUGUAUUUCUUUAGACAGGAAUGUGUCUCAGUCAGUGGUUAUCAAACUGGCCAAAUCUGUCUGCUCUCGCCACUCUGUACAAACUGAGAAUGAGCCCUUGCACACACCAUAUACUCCCUUGCAUGACAACCGGUUGUGAUGGGCAAGCUGUCUUUCAGAGAUAUUCGUCUGCCUUUAAUGUUUAUCUCACUGACUGACUGAGGAAACCCCUGAUAAGUUUCUGAAAAACUCUAGGGUUCUGCCAGAACAGUUUGAAAACCACUGUUUUGAGUUCAUGGGCAAAUUUCUAUUGUCUGAGCUUAAUAUUUUGUAACUGUUUUUUGUGUGUAACCAUCUGUUUAAACCAAAUUGGUUUUCAGUGGCCUUUCCUGAGUCCAUUCACUCCUUACAAUCCUAACCAAAUACAUAAAGGGGAUGUAUACCUUUUAAUGCUACAGAGACCAAGGGUUGUUCCAGCAGUUUUCCAAAUAGCAAGUGUUUAUGAAGAAAUGUUAAGAAAUGAGUAAAAGUAUUGUUGAGUGAGCAAGUGUGAAUUAUUAGAAACAGAAUUUAAAUCAUUCUUAUGUGUCAUUUUGCUUCAUUCUAUCAUAAUUACUUAACGGAGAUCUAAACUCACUCUAGCUUACAUCAGAGAGAAGCAAAAUAUAAACUGACCAGUUGAAACUGCAGACUCUUAAGGGCAUAUCUACACUGCAAACUUUAUUGGUUUAUAUACCAAUUUAACUGUCAUGGCUUCUCCAAAUAAUCUUGAGAAUGGUGAUUUGAUGAAGGCCCCGAGGAUUCUCUGUGGAGAGCCCUAACCCCUCUCACAGUACUUUAGUCCUCAGGAUUCCCUGGGGAGAAGGUAGAGUGACUACCAAACCAAUUUGUCUGUGGCUAAACCAAGAGAACCAAGAUCUUUCUUGGGAAUGAGAAUAAGAGCAGGUAUUACUAUCUAAAUAUAUUCUGUACACUAAUGUUCACUUGUGUGGUUUAAUCAUGAUUUUAACUGGAUUGUAAAACAUUUACUUGCUGUUCUUAGUUAAUGCAGUGGUUCUCGUACCAUGAGGUGGGGGCAGAACUUCCAAAAAGAUCAAGGAUCCUGAUCAGGAAGAGCCAGAGACAAUAGCCUCCUAGCAGCAAAUGUUCCGUUUGCAGACACCAACACUUCUAUGCUAAUCCAUGGCAGCUAUAGAGAGGCAGGGGAUGGAAUGCAGCUUUUGGCCACUUUCCCUGUUGGCUUGGUUUAGGUUUAAGAUGAUCUGUUGGAGGCCUUUUCUAAUGCUAGUGUUGGUUUGGUGCCUCAUCUACAGACAAGGCAGUGGGUUCUGUACACAGAGCCUUUGUGCAAGGAUUUUGUGCUUGGUGCAAGGACCUGCCAAAGAGAUGGCUCAAAAGACACAGGGAGUUUAGAAGGGGGCCUGUUUCAGAACACUUGAGAGAGACCAGGUUAUUGCACUGCAUUCAACUAGGCCUUUAAAUAAGUUGGGCAAAAUUUAGUAGCAAAUAUCUUAAGUGUCCCUAAUUAUGCCAGUGUAAGGCAAAGCUGACAACCUUGGAAUAGUUUGCCUCUUGUGUAGUGCUUGCUCUUUGCAGUGUUUGCUUAAUAAUUCUCUCAAGAGUAAUUGUAAUAUUAUAACCAUUGGGUGAACACUAUUUCCACAUUGUGUGCCUCAACGGAAGCUAGAAAUGCACAUCAUACUUGUUCCUGCAUCUUAAAACAGGGUUUUAUUAUGUACUUCCGUUUCUAGCUGUCUGCCUUGCAAGCCUCUUUUCUUGUCUUUUGAGUAAUCAGUCCUAAAAUGUAAUGACUAAAAGGUAUUUAUAUGGUGUGCUCUUUCUUUUUGAAUUUAAAUAUCUAUUUGUCUUCAGAGUAUAUUCUUAGGGAGAUUCUGUAUAUAUUUUUGCUAUGUAUUUGUGUUUUGUUUCAUUUUUGAUUGUAUAUUUUGCACUGAUUUAAAAUCAUUAUGUCUUAAGUGCUUUGUGAAUAUUGGACAUCUGAUUAGAAUUUGUCUGUGACAAAUAUAACAGCUAACUUCUGUUAUGCUCUGGAUAAA